AUGAGUAUAGGCAACCAAUUGUACCUUAUAGUCCAUGCCAUAGUGUAUGACUUGGUUGUAGUAUUUUGCCAGUCAAUUAUUCAUACUUUUUUCAAAGACAUUCGAGUUCGAGGCUCCUUCAACAUUCCUAAGAAGGGUCCCAUCAUAUUUGUGAUUGCUCCCCACCACAACCAAUUCUUAGAUGGUAGCGUUGUAGCUGCUAAAAUUAAGGAGUAUGGCGAUAGAAGGGUCUCUUUUCUUGUGGCAGGGAAGUCGUAUCGGGACCCUUUUAUUGGUCUUUUGUCAAGAUUGACAUCUGCAAUUCCUGUGGAGAGAGCUCAAGACUUGAUGAAAACAGCAAAGGGGAAGAUUUAUCUCGGUGAUCAGGACAAUAUUAUAAUUGGUGAAGGAACCAAGUUUACUAAAGACUGUCAGGUCAAAGGUUUGAUCGGGUUACCGAAUUCCAAGGGUAAUUUCCAGAUUGUGAAGAUAGUGAGUGAUACUGAAGUGGAAAUAAAAGGUGACUACAAAGACAAACGAGAACUGCUCACUAAGAUUCGGUACGAUAUGUUGCGCGCAGGCUCAAGAUAUAAGACUGCUCCUCACGUGGAUAACCAUGUGUUGUUUCAAAAGGUGUUUGACUUUUUGAACAGUGGUAAGGCCAUGGGAUUGUUCCCAGAAGGAGGUUCGCAUGACAGAAGUGACCUUUUACCAUUGAAGCCUGGCGUGGCUAUAAUGGCAUUGGGAGCUAUAUCUCAGUGCAAGGAUCCCGACGGGGUGAUUAAUAUCAUUCCCAUGGGGUUGAACUAUUUUCACGCUCAUCGGUUUAGAUCCAGGGCUGUUAUUGAAUUUGGGAAACCCUUGCAAAUUACAAAGGAAGAUGGUGAAAAGUACCUCAAAGACCAGAGGAAGACCAUCAACGACUUGCUUAAUACGAUAACAUUCAAGUUGAAAGAAGUGACAGUUACGUGUGAUGACUUUGAGACUCUUGUGACGUUACAAGCUGUGCGGAGAUUAUUUACUACCGGACAACGUGAACAAAUCCCUUUACCAAUGGUGGUGGAAAUGAACAGGCGACUCAUUCGUGGAUAUGAGUUGCAUAAAGACGAACCAGAUGUGAUCGAGAUGAAGAAGUUGGUUAUGGAAUAUAACAAACAAUUGAUGCUUUUAGGGUUACACGAUCACCAGGUGGAUUCUCUCACUGCUUCCAACAAAUUACACACAGCCAUUGUGUUUCUUGGGCGUUUGUUCAAGGUAUUUUUGUUCUUUGGAUUGAGUAUGCCUGGAAUCUUUCUAUUCUCCCCCGUGUUUAUCACCGCCAUAAGAAUCAGUAAGAAGAAGCAGAAGGAAGCAUUAGCAGGUUCAGUGGUUAAAAUCGAGGCCAAGGAUGUGCUUGGAACGUGGAAAGUAUUGGUUGCCUUGGUAUUGGCUCCAUCCUUAUAUGUGUUUUACUCUAUUUGUGGUACGGUGCUUAUCCUCAAGUUGGAUGUUAUUCCUUGGUUAAACAGCAGCUGGAAGUACAAGGCAUUGGUGUUUCUUUUCUGCUAUUUCUGGUCGGUUCUUACGACAUAUGCUUCCUUGAGAAUUGGAGAGAUUGGUGUGGACUACUACAAAUCGUUGAAGCCGUUGUUCUAUUCCCUUGUGAGCGAGAAUAAAGACUUGAUUCAAAUCGACGAGUUGAAGAAUCAACGGCAGUUCUUAUCACAAAAAGUCACCGAUUUCUGUGACAGGUAUGGGAGAGUCAUUUUCAAAGACUACCAAGAGUUCUAUGAUCUAUAUAACGAGAAUGACAUUGAUGUCAAUAUCGCUAAUGUGAAGAUUUUUAGUGACCAGGUUAGUGAGCACAGCAGCAGCGGCGACGAGGAAGAAAAAGAGACUCAUCGGAAUGAAGAAAUAAGAAACGAAGCAACACGGAACAAGAUCUCAAAGAUGAUGAAGAAGAAGUCCAAACAAUCGUAA